GGGGGGGUUUGGACAAGAUGGCUGGAUCCACAGUUAAGGUACCUCGUAAUUUUCGCUUGUUGGAAGAACUUGAAGAAGGGCAGAAAGGAGUGGGUGAUGGUACAGUAAGCUGGGGCCUUGAAGAUGAUGAAGAUAUGACACUCACCAGAUGGACAGGAAUGAUUAUUGGGCCACCAAGGACAAACUAUGAAAACAGAAUAUACAGUCUGAAAGUAGAGUGCGGACCUAAAUAUCCAGAAGCACCUCCUACAGUUAGAUUUGUAACUAAAAUUAAUAUGAAUGGAAUAAAUAAUUCCAAUGGAAUGGUGGAUGCACGGAGCAUACCAGUGUUAGCAAAAUGGCAAAAUUCUUAUAGCAUUAAAGUUGUACUUCAAGAGCUAAGACGUCUAAUGAUGUCCAAAGAAAAUAUGAAGCUUCCACAACCUCCAGAGGGACAAACUUACAACAAUUAAUUUUAGCUGAUUCUCAAACUUCUGUCUUAAAACAACAUCCUUCUACUCAUGUUAAUGUCUUGAUUAAAUCUCACGAUGCAAACACCCACACAUUAAAGAAUUCCAGCUGGUAUACAUGACCUGGACAUUUGUAAGAAUAUAUAUAAUAUAUGUAUGCCCAAUAUGUUUUCAGGCACUAUGGGAGAAAAAGGCAGCACAAUUAUUAUUUUUUUUUCUCUUAUCGAGGCACUGUCAUUUAAGCAUAAGCCUGAAAUAGCCUAAAAUUGGAAUUCAGGUUUUACAAGAUGAAAGCAUGACAGAAAGUGUCAGAUUGCUGUGGAAUAAUAUAUGUUUCUGAAAAUAAUCUCUUGAGAAGGCAAAAUAUAAAUGGCAUGCUUUAUCCAUCUUGCUUAGUAAAAGAGCUGCAGUAAAAUUUGUUUUAAAGUAGCGGGUACAGUGAAUACCAUUGCUCAUCUUGUUUAAUUUUGCAAGGGUGUGGGUGCCGACUACUAGUAGUGUCACAAAGUAUGUUCAGGAUUGUUUUGAUACCUGUAUUUAUAAAAUGGGGGGAUUCAUUUCUGUUAAGCAGCUCCUGUGUGUUACAUGUAUUGGACAUGGCAAAUAUUUGUUUACAGUCUUUGUUCUAAUAAACCAUGCAUUUAAGUUUUAGUGAAACAAAGGAAAUGUAUGGAUAUGUGAUUGAGAUUAAAGUUAGUCUUAAAAUGUAAAUAAAAUGUGGAAAGUGUCUGAGGCUGUGCCAUUUCUAUAAUAGUGAUGUAAUAUAUGUACAGUAACUUGCAGAAGUAUUGGAAAGCCAAACAUAAUAUUGCUGCUGGUUUUACAUGCACCUUUUAUUCUUACCACUUUUGUAUGCUUAAUUUAGUUGAGAGGUCAAGGUAUUCCAUUUGUUGCAGGGGAGUAAGUUCGUUCAUCUGUACUACCACUUCUUUAGCCAAGCUUGCACUCUGUGUGUGUAUCUAUAUAAUUAAAAAACCAAACCAAACAACCCCAAAAUAAAAAAAAACCCCUUGCCUCCCCAUCUCCCCUUUACCUCCUCUCUAGAUUCUUUUGAAAACUGAGCAUAACUUUCACUUUGCUUACUUGACCUCCAAGCAGUUUUCAGACCACAUUGUGAAGUCUGUCCUACUUCUUAGUCUUUUGUCUUGCUUUUGUAGUUAUUGCCUUGAUUCUUGCUUUCUUGCAUCUUUUCCUCUUUUAUGUUUCUUGCCUUUUUUUCUUGUCUGUUCCACUUUUGUCUUUUCUGAAACACACAAAAAAGAAACUUCAGGAAGCUUUAAUAAAAAUUAAACCUGUGGUACAGAUCAUCAUAUUCCUGUCUGCAUUCCAUGUAUCAUAUGCCAUGCCACCACUGUCUUCAUAGCUAGAAUGCUUUUUGCCACUCCUGCAAUUGUUGGUCAGUUUUUUCAAUGUAUUCUGUCAGGUGGGAACACUGGUUUUAGUUCUGUUACUGAUUUCUCAUGAGAAAGUAGUUAAUGCCAUCCAUUUGGAAAUUAUUCCUUCCUUUUGCCCACUUCCCCCCUUGGAAAAUGCAAGCCUUUGUUCAUUUCGGUGAGAACAUGUAACGGAUGCUAGUCAUCUAUUUGCAUUCAAAAUUUUAUUUAGUGGUUCACUUUGAAAAAGUGACUAUAAUCAAAAGCCAUCAACAGCCAGGUAACUUUCUUUAAUAUGCCUUUGCCUCUUUCAGAUGUAAAGAUGAACCUUUAAAAGCAAUAAAGUAGGUGGGUUUUUUUAAAUUACAAGGUUUAAUUAGUAUUUGUCAGUUUAUGCUUUUUAGACAAAUUGGACACUUCUAGAAUUGGUGGAUUUGUAGCUGCCAGCUACCUCAUGUCUGUAUUUAUAUAACAUAUCAUUUGUGAUGGUUUGGCUGAAGUGCAUUGCAACAUUUUCUUACUUGAUUUAAUUUGAAUGAUUUUGAUGCCAUUAAAUCUUUUCUUACACUAACACUGAUAAUCUAUAUUUAAUCAAUUAAAAUAAUGGAACUGUACAGUUCUGAGAUGUGAAUUUUUGGGAAGAUUUCAGCAUCAACUAUUGAGAGAAUGAGAAAUACUUGUAGACUAUUAUAUGGUUGGUAACAUAAUUUAAGUAACUGGCUUAUUCACAAAGCAUGAAAAAGGGAUGGUUGAUUGCUUGCUUGUAUAUAGUGCAAGUUGAUCCCAUAACAGUUAUUCCUUCUUGUCUGUACUCUGUUUCUGUCUGUGAAAAUCUGCAUAUCCAGCUGUAAGCAGAUAGAUUUUUCAGAAGAAAAUAGAAGUGAUGGAGAGAGUUGACCUGAUCUCUGACCCCAGGGUAUGUAAUACAACGGAUGACUCUUAAAAGUGUUCCUGCAGUGAUUUUAAGUGUGUUGGUUUUCCAUUUUGCUCACACUGGAACAAGUCUACAUGUAUUUAAGAAAUUUUUAAAUGUCUUUGACUACUGCAUAAAGUCAAGAGCCUCCUCAAAACUUUUAUAACCUGAAGAUUUUGAAGCACUGCUGCUCACUCUCCUACAGAAAGGUUACGUUGUUUUACAGGUAUCUGUCUGAUCAGUGUUUAGUAACUGUUUUCUAGUGUUCUCGUGGUUUCUCUUAGGUAACCUACUUCAAUGCCAGAAUUUUAAUUUUCCUCUUAGAAGUAUUUAAUUUGUGUUGUAUUCUUUUGGCAAGAUCUGAAUUUGCUAUUGUUAGCACAUGUGUAUUUUUUUCUUCUCAAAACUGUAUUUAUACAUCUUGUAAAGUAGAGCACCAUUUUAAGCCAGUUGUAUGAGGGGCAAAGUGCAAAAGUUCUAAAUAUAAUUGCAUUUGAAAAUUCAUGUCAUGUUUGUGGUCAUCAACUAGGAUGUAAACUAGCUUUGUGUUUUGAAGCAUUCUUGUGUUUUGGUUGUUGAGGGAGGGAUAAGUUUACUAUGAAGAAAA